CUUCCGGAGCCCCGUCUACGACCGCUUUUUAUGUUAGGUGGCUGCGGUUCCUGUGGACGUCUGGAUUCUCUGAGUUCGAGUAUUUGGGAGUGCCACCUUUUGGCCCUACGCCAUGGGAGUGACUUGUGUGUCCCAGAUGCCUGUGGCUGAGGGCAAGAGUGUCCAGCAGACGGUGGAGCUCCUCACCAGGAAAUUGGAGAUGCUUGGGGCCGAGAAACAAGGAACGUUUUGUGUGGACUGUGAGACUUACCACACAGCUGCCUCCACCCUGGGCAGCCAAGGCCAGGCUGGGAAGCUGAUGUGUGUGAUGCAUCACUCUGAGUACCCACUGAGCUGCUUUGCCCUCUUUGAGAAUGGCCCUUGCCUCAUUGCCGACACCAACUUCGAUGUGCUCAUGGUGAAGCUCAAGGGCUUCUUUCAGAGUGCCAAGGCCAGCAAGAUUGAGACCCGGGGGACCCGCUACCAGUACUGUGACUUCCUGGUGAAGGUUGGCACAGUCACAAUGGGGCCCAGCGCCCGUGGCAUCUCUGUGGAGGUGGAGUAUGGCCCUUGUGUGGUGGCUAGUGACUGCUGGAGCCUCCUGCAUGAGUUCCUACAGAGUUUUCUCGGUAGCCACACGCCAGGGGCCCCCACAGUAUUUGGGAACAGACACGAUGCUGUCUAUGGGCCAGCAGAUACCAUGAUACAGUACAUGGAACUCUUCAACAAGAUCCGAAAACAGCAGCAAGUGCCAGUGGCCGGGAUCCGUUAGUGACUGGCAGUGGCUUACCUGCUGAGCUGUCACCAGGGUAUUGCCAAGAGGAGCAGGUGCUGUACUGAGGGUCCUGGGCCCCCGGCCCAGCUGGUUUGCAGCUGUAGCUUGUGUUCUGGGGUUUUGGACUCCCCUCCUGACCCCAUCACAGCUGGUUUUUUUACUUCAUGCCUUAACUGGAUUUGGCUUGUCCUCAAGAUUGGUACUUGGGAAGAAUGGAGAAGCCUGGACUGUCCU